AUGAAAGACGCAAAACUUAUAAACUGGGAAGAGCUUCCAUCAGAGCUGAUCUAUUCGAUUCUGCUCCGUCUUAGCGUGUCUGAUAGACUAGAAAACGCUUGGAACGUGUGCAGAACGUGGCGACGCUUCUGUCAAGACCCCUUGAUGUGGCGGAAAAUCGAAAAACUAAAUAUCGGACAAGCCACGGAUGUCGGAGAGGCCAUGUGCCGUCGUGCCGUUGAUCUAAGCCAGGGGGGCUUGCUGGAGAUCAACAUUGCCUACAUCGGCAGCGAUUCUCUCCUCGCCUACAUCGUGGACAGGUCAAAUAACCUGAAACACCUUGUACUUACUGAGUGCUUUAGAGUAACUGGUUGUGGGCUUUUCAAAGCAGUCACUAAGCUCACAUUGCUUGAGCACCUUGAACUUUCGCGAUUCCCUUAUAUGGAAUUGGAUUUGGAAGGUAUAGGCCUUUCUUGCCCACUUCUCAAGACUCUGAAGCUAAAAGAUGUUGGUUACUACUUCAAGGUCAACGAGUGUGAUGAUGAUGCUUUCGCAAUUGCUAAAACAAUGCCCGGUCUUAUCCACCUCCAGCUUGUAGGGAAUAGUUUAACAAACGCCGGCUUAAACGCCAUUGUUGAGAAUUGUCCUCACCUCAAAUACCUUGAUUUACAAAACUGUAUCUACAUCAAUCUUGCCCACCAAUGA